CUGGGGCACACGAGCAUGCGACACAGGUACCCUUUUUUUUCUUUAGUGCUUCCUGUUUGCUGCAACAGUCCAAAAAUUAUUUUCCCCAAAAUAUCACACGUAGACAAUAAUACCCUCGACGCUUACAAAUGCUGAACUGAUAGAGAGCGCUCGGAGGACAUCGCAGGUACGAAGAAGGCGCUCUCUUCGGCUAGAGAGCAAUGAGAUAUAGCCUACGCUUCAGCCUACCCUCCCUGUACGUGCCGUUGAAUCAGAGUAAACUAGACUUGGAGAACAGAAACUGUUUCCGAUGGAUGCGAUGGAAAAACAGGAGUCGGGACAUACUGCUGUCCUGUCAGUCGAGAACGAAGCAGAGAGCACGCGAGAGGAGCGGUCCGGUGCACUCGACCAACAUGACCUGGACACGUGCCCCGUUUGUCAUCUAAGCUUCCAUAGCAAGGAGCCCAAACUUCUGCCGUGCCUGCACACUUUCUGCGAGAGGUGCUUGCCUUUACCGUCGAGGAAUCUGGACGUGACGGAACCGUCCGUCUCCCAGAGCGACGACGGCGCGACCAAACCACUAAACGUGAUCCGCUGUCCGGUGUGCAGGCAGGAAUGUAUGGCGGCAGAUGUGGUGGAUAAUAUGUUCGUGAAGGAGUCAUUCGAGGCUCCCAGCAGCACGGUGGAGAGAGCAGUCCAGCUCUGUAUGACCUGCAAUGACAACACAGAAGCUGCUGGGUUUUGUGUUGAGUGUGUGGAGUACUUGUGUACCACCUGUGUGGAGGCCCACCAAAGAGUCAAAUUCACCAAAGACCAUAUGAUCAGACAGAAGUCAGAAGUAUCACAAGACGUUUGUGUUGUGUCGAAUCAGAGGCCGAUGUUCUGUCAUAUCCACAAACAAGAGCCACUGAAACUCUUUUGUGAGACAUGUGACCUGCUUACCUGUCGGGACUGCCAACUCACCAAGCAUAAAGACCACAGUUAUCAGUUCCUUGAAGAUGCUUAUAAAAACCACAAAGAGCACAUGGAGCAUAUGACUCAUCAGUUACAGGAGAAAAAGAAACUGAUAGAAGAGGUAUCAGACUCCAUAAAUAGUGGACUUCUUCUGGUGGAACAGAACCGUACUUCUGUAUGUGAUGAAAUAAAGAAAUCUGUUAGCAGUUUAAUCCUCGCGAUAAACAAAAAGGGCAAAAUUCUACUUGAUCAACUUGAGGCUGUUACAAAAGAUCAUGAGAGUCUCUUGCGUAAACAACAGGAAGACAUUGGCUAUCUCUCCCAACACCUGGAUCAUGUCAUCGACUUCAUCAAAUGGGCCACAGCCAAGAAUGGGGGCACGGCCCUCUUGUACUGUAAACGUUUGAUUCUGUUUCAGAUCGAAAACCUCCUUCAGGCAAAAUGCAGUGCUUCAUUCGUACCGCAGAGCACCAUACGCUUCCAGUGCCGAGCCUCUUACUGGGCCUUAAAUGUUGAUUUGGGCACUUUAAUGGUGGAGAGUGUACCAGGCCACCAGCUGGGUGGUUUUCAUCAUGAGCACACCCACAGUGGGCAGAGUUCCUCAGGCUCACCCCACAGCAUUGCCCUGGGAGCUCCCCAUAGCACUCUGGCUCAGCUCCAGAUGCAGGUGGACAAGCUAAACCCCCAAGCUCAUUGGCAGCCCCAACCACCUCCUCCCCCCUGCACAUGGCACCAAAGCAUCCAACUACAGCAAACUGUCCCAGGGCCCCUACAGAGAGGCUCUCCCUCCCACAGUUUGCCUCCCCAACCAGACCACAGGUUUACGAGGCCUCUGCCCAACCAUGUUAGCUCAACUAGGAGCAUACUGAGCCCUGGACUUUCUCCCCAGUAUCAGCAGAGAAGGACAGGAAGUGGCUCCACCUACCAAACCAAGCCCAUGGAUGGAUUUUUCUCCACACCUUUCUAUGCACAAAUAACUCCGCCACCCCUCAGUGGUAGUGUCAGUUUACCUCAUUCACAACAGAGGAUUGAGCCCACAUAUAUGACCAGGAGAAAUGAUUCAACUGGUCCAAUGUAUACAGUGAAACCAAACUAUCCUCAGGGAGCAGAAACUUCCUUGUCAAGCAGAAAUGCACCAGGACAUCAAAGUUCAGCGGUGUACACUCCAGUAUCCCAGAAAAAAACAAGCAGCAUUUUUUGGAAAGCCCCAGAAAUACACCAGGCUAGUGGAGCAGUGGGAUCUGCUGCAAAGAAGAGACAACGAUCAUCUCCAAGGCCUAUAAUUGUCAUCAAAGAUGAGCCAGAUGAUGAAAGUAGUUAUGUACAUCCCAAACAAAGAGCCAGCCUCCCCGACAGCACAGAUGACCAACCCCAAAUAAAUUCCCAAGGUGAAGAUGUCCAGACUUGUAUACAUAGCACAGACAACAAACCCUGUUGCCCUUCACACGCUCCAAGUGAGCCACUGGGCCAGAGUAAGACUGGACCUCCAACUCAUAUCAGUUCAGUGGGGGAACAGCAGCAGGUAGAGCAAAAUAAAACCCAACUGGAAGACUCUAAUGAGGCCUCGUGUGCUGUGUGUCAGACUACAGGACAGCUGUUGUGCUGCCAAAAAUGUCAUAAAGCUUUUCAUCUGACGUGCCACAUUCCAGCUCUCCUCAAAUCUCCAAGCAGGGAAUGGUUUUGCACUUUCUGUUGUGACCUGUUAAUGCCUGAGAUGGAGUAUGUCUGCAAACCUGAAGCCAAAACGAUAAAGAAGGAGACGGAUUUUGAAGGAGCAUUUUCCCCUGUGGACAAACGAAAGUGUGAGAGGCUGUUGCUGUACUUGUUUUGCAGUGAGCUCAACUCAGUCUUUCAAAAGUCUGCAUCUCUCUUGGUACAUGCUGAUGACAGUCUGACUAUAAAGGGACCAGUGAGUUUUUCCACAGUGAAAAACCGUCUAGAGGCUGAGCAGAGUAUGUGCUAUCAAAACCCCGCAGAGUUUGUAUUAGACAUCAGGCUCAUCUUUGGAAACUGUGUGGCCUGCUGUGAGUGCCAGAGUAACACUGAACUUGCCGUGACAUGUAGGAGAUUUAAAGAACUCUUUGAAGAUUAUCUGAAGCUCAUCUACCCUGAUCAGACCUUUCCAGAAAUCAAACCAGAGAUGUUUCAGACUGCUUCACCCGAUUGUCAAGAUUCUCAACUCCAAUCUCUUGACAAUAUAUUCCCACUUGCAAAACGCCAACGCACAUAUUCAGAUUCCCAGGAUGCGCCAAGCUGUCACAGUGGAGAAGAGGGUAUUGGAUUAAAGCUCCAAUUUUCCUAAACAAUUGGAUAUGUGCCAGAUGGCACAAAGAAUGUGUGGUGUGUACUGUUUUAUUAAAAAAUAUUGCCUUCAAGUUACCAAAUACAUUUUAGUUUUAAUGAUUAAAUGGUAUUGCAUGACAAGAAUUAUCAAUUCAGACAUCAAAUGGUACUUUUUUGUGUUCAAAUCAGAAUUAAAGCUAGUAGGUUUUGCAGUAUUUCUACUUCUGACUGAAACCUGACAUUUUAGUUGUUCAAAUGACAGUAAUCACAAACUCUCAGGUUUCUAUUGUUAAAAUGUGUUUCAAGGCCCCUCACAGCCAGAACAUCGUGAAGGAAAAUGCAGUUUUAUUUACCAUCUUUUAAUGUAUAUUCUGGCUUCUUUAUAUUAUAUAUUCUGGUGACGCAGCCCAUGUAACAAUAUGUGUGAUUAUAUCCGUCAGGGGCAUAAUGUUGACGUAAAAAGCUUUCUUAUAAACAUAAGGCAUGGAGAAUGGUUUUCUCAUCACCAGAGGUCAAAACAUUUACGCAUACACAUACUGCAUUCAGGUCAACUUGCAUAACUGAACAAGUAUAGUAACUGUUAUUCCUUAUAUAUUGAGUAGCAGCUCCAGCUAAGGUUUAAUGUUCUACGCCUUUUUUGCUCGGUAGCUCCAUGUUAAUUGAGUUUAAUGUUGUUCUACAAACUCCUUUGUGUCCCACGGGGCAGAUUUUAGUCUGCCUUUGAUGUGUUUGUGACCCUCUGCAGAUUGACAUAGACGUGGCAAGACCAGCUUUAAGGAGCUUCAAAGGAGCUGCGCUACACCCCCAACAACAAGAUUAACACUGUUUGAAUGCGACCUUGGCCACUCCAAUUUCCUUCACCUAUUAGCUUGCAAGUCAGCUCAUGCUGCGUUUACUUGUUAAAACCCAAAUGUAGAUUUGAGGUGGAGCGAAGGAAUGAGGCUUAGUUGUUUUUUGUGGACUGAAAGGCAUGGGAAGUUGCCCUCUGACUGUUCUCCAGCCAGCUGGACUGGAAGCAUGGCAGGGUCCUGGCUUUCAUGUUGGACAUUCUUCAUUCCUUUUAUGGCAUAUUAUCUCUUAUUAGAUAAGAUUAGGAUUGGUCAGCACUAAAGACUUGCCCUUUGUUGUGAUAAUUCUAAGAAGGGGUUGCUACGUCUUCAGCUGAUAGAGGACUCCCGGAACUACAUAUGCUUUACUAUAGUAGUACUACAGUCUUAACCCAAAGGUACAGCACACAGAGCACCCCCCCCCCCCUUUCCUUUUUUUGUUUUGCAUAUUUGUUACAUGUUUCAGAUCAUCAAACACAUUUUAACAAUAGAUGAAAAUAACCAGAGUAAAAACCAAAUCCUUAUCAGGGUUGUGGGAGGGGGGGUUGCUGCUGGGGGGCGCUGGAGCCUUUCCUAAUUGCCAUAGGGCAUAAGGUGGGGGUACACCCUGAACAGGUCAA